CACCAUACGUGCAUACACUUUUGGUGUUUCAAACAAGCUUACCGGGCUUGGGCUUGGCACUCAGCAAUGCGCUAAGCAAUGCAACCUUGCGACUUUCCUUUGGGUCGCCAUAGGACUCUAAAUGCCGAGCAAGUGGGAGCAGAGGCACCGGCGCCCAGCUGCAGUGACGCUGCUGCUGGUUGUGCUGGUUGUUGUUGGACGAGUCCUUAAUGUGCUCGGCUCGGACGUCUUAGACUUUCUGGCGCGCAGUUGCAGCAGCAGCAAUGUCAAGGCCGAUGGAACCUGCACGCUUGAUGGCGACGUUACGCUGCGGCCUGCUGGAACUCCAGUGCCGCAGUUGCCCGUUCAGCUGCUUCGGCUGAGCGGGCUUUCGUCGGCCACAGCCCCUCCUCCACGCCUGGACUUUGCGGACGCAGUCGACGCCCUGCUCACGAUCCCCGCCAACAGCACACUCAGCCUCAGCAACCUCGUGCUAGCCGGCGUGCAGCUGCCCAUGUCGCCUUACCCGCUGCCGCUGCGCUCCUUCCUGAGGCCUCGUGCCGUGCUGCUCGCCUCCAGCUCCAGCUCUCGCCUGGUCCUGACCAACAUCACAAUGCUGGUGACCUCAUGCACCGCCAUGUCGCUGCAUGCGUCCCUCGCCUGCAGCCUCAGCCCGGGGCCCAAUGUCACCGUCACGCCGGCCUGGCUGCACGUGCACAGCCUGGACACGCAGGCGCUGAGCCUCACCGACGUGCGGGUGCGCUGCGCGGAGCGGCAGCUGGCGCCGGUGCCGUGCCUGGCGCACACGGUGCGAUCUGGGUCGGAGCUGGUGGCGGCAUUGGCAGCCUACCAGACCGCCAGCCUCACCACUAGCACCACUGGCACCACUGGCACCACCAGCACCAUCGGUGGAACGGGCGGCGGAGGUGCCUGGUUGCUAACAGUGCCUGACGCAGGGCAGCAGGCGCAGGCGCAGGUGCCGGCGGCUCAGAGCCUGGAGCAGCUGCCGCUGUACCUGCACGUGCCCGCCUCCAUCAGCCUGGCGGACGUGCCGGCGCCCUACCUCGGCGACGACGGCCAAGCCGUGAUGCUGCCCGAAGCCCUGCGCUUCAACCUGAUUGUCAUCGCCGGCCCCACGCCGCCCAACGCCACCAGCACCACCGCAGCAACAGCGAAUGCUGCCGCAGCCGCCGGGCGCGGGCUGCCGCCCGGGGUGGCGGAGCGGCUGGAGCUGGAUCUGGCCUGGCGACCGCACGUGCUGCCCCUGGACGACCGGUUCGGCCGAAUCCGGAUCCAGGAUCUGGCGCUGACGAAUCUGCCGCUCUCGCCGCGCUCGUCCGACAUGCCCAGCGCCGUGCUGCGCUGCGCCGUGUGGACGUUCGACCUCAUGCGCAGUGGGCUGGGCGUGCCAGUGCAGCAGCGGCUGGUGCUGAGCCGCGUGACGCUGCGGCUGCCGCUGGAGGAAGUGGCGACGCUGGCCGCGGACGCCACCGCCACGGGCAAGGACGGGCUGCGGCUGCCGCUGGCGGCGCCGCUGGGGCCGGUGCAGUGCGCCCGCGAGAACACGGUGCUGGUCAACGUGGCCGGAUACCUGGUGCCGGGCGUGGGCGCGGGCGGUGCGCCCGGGCUGCAGAUCACCCGCGGCUUCAGUCUGGGUAACAUCCUGGAGUUCACCGACCUGCUGGCCACGGACGCACCCAGCUCCGUAUGGCCCGGCGCGCCACGCGAGCGCUGCGGCCCCGCGCGCCUGGCCGACCCAGAUGCCUACAGCUGCACGCUGGAGGGCGGCAGUAGCAGCAGCAGCAGUAUCAGCAGCAGCAGCAGCAGCAGCAUCGGCAGUAGCGGCACCGGUGCUGGUACGGGUGGCGGUGCAGAGAUUGCGUCCCAGGGAAGCGCGGGCGCCGGCGGCAUGCGCUGCGAGUGCUGGGUGCCGCGCGCCGCCGUGGCCGCCGCUGCCGCUGCAACCUCUGCUGCUGGCCUCACCUACGAGUCCUUCUUCGCGGUCCAGCGGCCGCUGUGCCAGAUACUGCCGGUGGCUCGGUUGCAGCCGGCUCGCGGCAUCGGCGCCCGCAUGCGGACGGUGCGGCGGUCCGGUUACAGCUUGGAGCCGCCGGACCUGACGCCGGUGCUUGACUCCAUCAUCAUGCGCACAGCCAGUUUGGCGAUGCGCGCGGUGGUGGAGGGAAAUAUUCCCGUGUCGCUGGACCGCGUGGACCCGCUGCGGAAGCAAGUCGCCUUUGACACCACGCAGGCCAACGUCACUCAGCCCUCGCUGCUGAUGGGCAGUCCCGAGAACCGGACCUUUGUCGACUUUGCCGGCGGCGCCGCCGCCGGUAUCAACGUCGCCCUGCCGUACGCGUCCCUCGCAAUACGAGGCCUCUUCCUGCUCAACCCGCCGGCGGCUGCCGUACACGCCACUGUCGCACCCGCCGCCGCCGCCGGAGGCGCCAUGCCCCGUAGCGCUGCCAGCAUCGCCGCCGCCUCGGCCGCUAUCCUGGAGUCGGUGAUAGAGCUGCAGCCGGCGAAGGAGGUCCUGGGCCCGGGCGCGUCGGGCGACGCCACGCAGGGCCUGCCGCCCGGCCUCGGCAACUUCACCUCUUGUGCCUGGUUCCUGGACUUUGACCGCGCCACGGCGCCGCUCACGGACGACGGCACGCCCAUUGCGGAGAGCUUCCAGGCAGCUGCCGCCACCGGUAACGGUACCGUUACCGUUGCCGGUGGUCUUGGUGGUAGCCGGCUUGUCAUGGUGGGCGGGCCGGGGCAGCCGCGCGCUUACCUGGAGUCGGUGGUGCUGGUGAUCCCGGCGGCGGAGGUGGCGGCGCUGGCGCGCGCGCUGGCGGCCGGGCACGGCGCGGCGGCGGCCGCGGCCGCCAGCGCGGCGCAGGGCAACUCGGUGGGCAGCGACACCGCCAGCAGCGGCGCAGACACAGGCGCUGUGGCGGGUAGUGGAGGCGGCGGCGCUGAUGGUGGUGGUGGUGCUGGCGGUGAUGGUGGUUUGGAUGGGCUGGAGUCGGUAUUCAGUGAUGCAGAGGUGGCGAGGCACGCGCGUGCGACGCUGCUGGGGCCAGGGACGGAGCUGGCGGGAGGCGCCGCGUCGCGGCGCUGGCUUGCGGCCCGCGUAGCGGCCAUGACGUCAGCGGCCAUGACGUCAAGCGCCGGCGCGAAUGGCGGCAGCAGCAUUGACGAUAGCAGCAGUAGCAACAGCAGUAGCAGCAGCAGCGUGGGCGUCAGCUGCCUGGUGUUUGCGCGCCUCAACUGGUGCGGCCUCACUGGCAUUGACGUGACGCUGACGUCUGUGGCGCCAGGCGACAGCCCCUUUGGCGCGGCGGCCCAGCUGCAGCGUCUGCAGCUGCCAGUGCUCCCGCCGCUGGCGGCGGCCGAGGCCCCUGCGGGCAGCGGCGGCAGCGGGCCCGUUUCCGGCGCCGACCCUGGCGCUGACACGCCGCAGCUUGACGGCGGCAGCGGUAGCGGUAGCGGCAGUGGCACAAGCGGCGCGGCAGCGCCCAGUAAGGACGGCACAGGAGCUCCUAAUGACUCGGCGCUGUCAGGAGACGGCGGCGCGGCAGCGGUAGGGCCCGGGGCGGCAGCACUGCCGGGCGACGCAGCCGCCGCCGCCCCGGCAACGGUGGUAGCGGUCGCGCCGCAUGCCGGCGGUGCCCCUAUGGCCGCCAUCGCCGCCGCCGUCGGCGGUGGGCUGGCCGCUUGCGGCGUCGUCGCCGCCAUUACCAUGUACGUCGUGGGGAGGCGCGGCCGCGGGGAGCUUCCGCAUGACGGCGGCGCGGCUCACGGCGUCAAGGCUGCCUACGGCACGUCGGUAAGCGGCCACGGCGGCGGCGGCGGCGGCGGCGGCGGCGGGAAGCGGUCAGGCGGCACCGACACGCGAAGCGGCAGCGCCACUGCCAGCGCCUCUACCUCGGGUCCGGCCUCGGUGCACUGGUCUCGUGAGGGGCUCCGGAAGGAGCUGGCAACGGCGCUCGCGGCCGGCUUAGCAGGCGGCCGAGCCUUCCCGGGAAGCCUCGGCGGAAGCGGCGGCGCCGCCGCUGCGGCAGCAGGGGCCGCCAGCGCUGGCGUGGCUGGUGCUGCCGUGGGCACGGGCGGACAUGCAUGCGCGGGAGCGGAGCCGGCGGAUGUCGAGCUGGCGGUGACAGAUGUGGAAACAGGCACUGCAGCCGGCGUGGCGGUCGAGGCGCAAGGCCGUGGCGCGGCGGGGGGCGGCGCGGGCGGCAUCGGGCACAGCGAUAGCAUGUUGCAGCGCUGGCUUGCGGCGCAGAGCUACGGCGUGGGCGCGGGCGGCGGCGAUGCCAGCGGUGGCGCUGACGCUGAUCAUAAAGGCAUGGGCUUCGUGGCGUUUGGCUCGGGGCUGGGCGCUGCCGCGCCGCGGCCCGACCGACACGUGGCGCAUGACGCGGCCACCGCUGCAACAGGCCUGCAGCCUGCAAGCGACGGCGCCGCCCGCGUGCAGAGCGCAGCGCUGGGCGGCAGGGCGCCGCAGCGGCCACAGCGGCCGCACCAGGACGCGCUGGAUAAGCGUGUUGUUGCGGGCGUGGGACAGCCUGCGGCGAUAGCGGACGGGGCGGAAAGCGAGGCUGCCGCCAGGCAGCGAGACCGCGGGGCGGCUGUGUCGCCGUCCCUCCGCCGUUUGCGCACCUCCACCGGCGACGGUGACGGCGCCGCGCGGCCUGCCAGCAGUGGCCGCCUCAGCCUCAGCGGCCGACCCUCCGACUUGGCUGUUGGGCUGGCCGGGCUGUAUGCGGCGUUCGACCGCCUGCGCGACGGCCUCGGCGGUGCCGGUGCGGCGGCGGGGCCAGGCGCCGUGGUUGCGGAUAGUGGCAAGGGCACCGGCGCAGCCUCUCGCGUGGGCUGCCGUGUCGCUACUGCCCCGGAGGGCACCGGUCCUGGCGCCGCACCGUGCGUUGGCAUCGGCGCGGUUGUCGGCGUCGAGUGUGGUGGGGGGCCAAGGUGGCGGCAGCCGCAACAGCAGCUGCGGGGGGAGGCGGUGAUGCUCGGUAGCUCCUUGCUAGCGGGCGUUGGCAGUGGUGAUGGCGGCGGCGGCGCAGCGGCGGGCGCUAGGGUGGACGGCUGGCCGGCUGCACCUGGCGCCGUGUUACAUGCUGUCGGGCCGACAUUUACCUUCGAGGAUCAGCACCGCUUCGUUUCCGCAGCCGCGAUGGCCGACGCAGCCGCGCGCACCGCUGGGGCUGACGUUGCCGCGCUGGCGGCAGCGCCGGUGGCAGCGCCGGUGGCAGCGCCGGUGGCAGUGCCGGCGGCGGCGGCGGCGGCGGCGGCGGCAAUGAGCGGCGAGGCUGGCCUGUGGGGCAUUGGCGGAUUGGCGGUAACGACGGAGGUGGGCCGCGGCGCGCAGGGCAGCGUCGUGUAUCGUGGUCGCUGGCGCGGGCUGGACGUGGCGGUUAAGAGCUGCCUGUUCGCGCAGACGAGCACGCAGCAGGAACAGCGGCAGCAGGGGCCGGAGCCGGCGGGCGGCGGCGUCGGCACCGGUGCCGGCGGCGGCGCGGGCGGCGCAGGCGCUGGCGGUCGUGCGCUGCAGGAGGCGGCGCUGUCGCUCUGGUGCUCGCACCCCAACCUAGUCGCAACUUACACCUACGCGCUACAUCCGCUCAUGGCGGCGGCGGCGGCUGCGGCGGCUACAGCCGCCGCAGGCGGCACCGACGCCGCAGGCGGCACCGGCGGCGCAGGCGCCAGCAUGCCGGCUUUCGAACGCCCUUCGGACCAUUGGUACGAUCGCUCUCAGAAUCUAGAGGGUCUGGAUACCAUUUUGGCGGAGGCGCAUUUUCUGGAUGACCAGGAGGAUCAAUCCAGGUCGUUGGAGAUGCCGCCGGGGCUGCCCUCGAUCCUUGGGCUUGGCGAGAUGCGUUCGCAGCUGGGUACGGAGGAGGUCCAGGGCGCGCCCGCCGAUGGCACUGCGGAGCAGCCGCCCGCACGGCACACGAGGGCUGCUGCGCAGCAGGCACAGCAGGCGGCGCAGCCGCAGGCCGAGGCCGCGACGGCGGUGCUGCCUGGCGCAGCGGUGGAGGCGUGGCGGCUGGUGCUUGUGCAGGAGUACUGCGAGGGCAGCAGCCUGCACAAGGCGCUGCUCACCGGCCGCCUGCGCCAACAGCCGCAGCAACAGGAUCAGCAGCAACAGCAGCGGCGGGGCCAGAAGCAGGCUGACGGCCCGUCGGGAGCUUCUGCGGCAGCAGCCCCGGCGUCUGCUGCGGCCACCGGGGAGGUCGUGAUUCCGAUAAUUCCCGAACCCGCGGCCCCUGCGGCGCCAGGAACGCCGACAGCUCCGCCGCCGCCGUUGCCUGCUCCGCAGCAGCAGCAACAGCAGCAGCAGCAGCAGCAGCAGCAGCAGCAGCAGCAGAUGCUUCUUGAGCUGCUGCAGCAGCCAGGGCGGCCGCUGCCUCCUGCCCCGCAGCCUGUCUUCUCGCUCAGCGGCCCGCUGUCCCAGGCGGCGCCGCCGCCCCUUCGCGUGGCGCUGCUGCUUGCGCUGGACGUCGCGCGCGGCCUGGCGCACCUGCACCGCUGCGGCGUGCUGCACGGCGACCUCAGCAGCAGCAACGUGCUGUUGGCGGCCUGGGCGCCGCGCUGCCUGCCGCCGAGAGCGCCGGCGCUGACACCGGCGGCGCCCGCGCUGGCGCCCGCGCCGGUGGGCGACCUACACCAGCGGCGGCGAUCGUUGCUGCCAACGACGGCGCCCGGACAGGUGUACGGCGGCGGUGGCGCAGGUGGUGAUGACGGCGCCCUGCAGGAUGGAGGUGGCGAAUUCGCAGCAGGGAGGGCUUCGUGUGGGGAGUUUGUGCUGGUGGAAGAGGACGCCGAGGAGGAGGAGGAGGAGGAGCAGGGCACGGGUGGGGAGCUCACACUGGAGACAGAGGACGACGAGUGCGGCGGAGCCGGGGCUGGAGGCGGGGUCGCGCAGCUGUCAGCGGCCGCGGCAGGCGCCGCCGCCGCCGGUGGGCUGGUCGGCUCAGUGCCCACGGCGCCAGGCAGCGGUGCCGCGGGUGAAGGCGAGGCCUUCGCUCCUGCCAGGCUGCGGCCUGCAGCCUCUGCUGCCGCCUGGGCUGCCUGCACGACUACUGCCCAUGUCGCUGCGGCUUCUACUGCUGCCGCAGCUGCCGCCGCAACCGUUGCUGAUGCGGGCGACAGCAGCGGCCGGGUGGCGAGCCCGCCCUCCAGCGUGGCGCUGGACACGUGGGCGCGAGUGGGCGCCACCAGCCGCCGCGACCUGCAGCGCCACGCCGCAGCGACCAGCCGCCUGGUCCUGCAUGCCGGUGCCGGUGCCGGGGGCAGCGGCGGCGGCGGCGGCGGCCCGGGCUGGCGGGUGUCGGCUGGCGGGGAGCUGCUUGCAAUGGGGCCGUCGCCGGAGGAGCUGGAGGCGGACGGCUGGCGGCAGCAGGCUGGGCUGGGCUUCGUUGCCAAGGUGGCGGACUUCGGCCUGACCGGCCGCCUGGUGGCGCCCGACCAGACACACCUGUCGGGCUGCGGCACGCGCCGCUGCCACACGCUCUACGCGGCGCCCGAGUUGGUCCGCGACGGCGCCGCCAGUCGUGCCACCGACGUCUACGCCUUUGCAAUCCUGGCGUGGGAGCUGGCUACUGGGCAGCCGCUGCCGGAGGCGCUGGCGGCGGCGCCGGCGCUGCGAGCCUGGCUGCGCGAACAUACCGACCGACCGCUGCUAGCCGCACUGCGGCAGCAGCAACAGCAGCAGCAGCAGCAGGGCGGAGCAGGAGGGGCAGCGGCGGCGGCCGCUGCCGGCGCGGAGUGGCAGCCGUCGGCGCUGCCGCCGGCACUGCUGCCCUGGCCGGCAAGCAGUGGUGAUGCUGGUGGUGGCGGUGGUGGUGACUGUGACGGCGGCGGCGCGGCUGACGUGGCGAUUGGGCCUGCUGCAGCGCCUGCGGCAGCUGCUUGUGUGUUGCCGGCGUACCGGGCGCUGGUGGCGCAGUGCUUGGCGCAGCAGCCGGCGGAGCGGCCGAGCUGUGAAGCGGUGGCGUCAGCGCUCGAGGGCAUGCUUCGCGAAAUGGCGUAGAGAGCGGGACGGCGGAGGGGCUGCGUGUGACGGUGACAUUGGUUGCGGCUGCAAACACGCGUGUGUGCCGCUAGAGCUUAGCAAGAAGGUGCUUGAAUGAAUGAAGUUGGCACAGUUGGUUGGCGCGCGCUCUUGUUACGACUGAGCUGGCACUCUUGGCUUGAUGCAAGAUCGAUUGCUGCAGCUUGACGCCUGGGAAGCGGUGUCCUAAGAGGUAGAUUGCAUAUACAAGUGAGCGCACAUGCUAUGGUGGUGCUUCUGGUGGUGCGCCAAUGCUGCAAAACGGCAGCGCCACAUGUCCAAUUACGCAUGGCACAACCUGAAAAUAUUUGUUGGUGGUUUUCAUGCAUCAGCAGUGGCGAACGAGGACGAGGUUCACCAGCCGGAUGUUACAGGUCUGGAGUUAUCAAGUUGUCCCGAAGCGCUGCGUGAGGAGUGGGGCUUUGCAUGCCAUGCAACAUGGCAACGCAUCUGGGCUAUUCACACAUCUGAGCUAUUUGUUCAUUUAUCUUACCAGCUUCAUGUAGGGCGGCGCCGCAAACCGCGGAGUGUUUUGCGGCAUGGGCAUGCGUGUACUGUGUGACUGUAUGGAUGGACAGCUGUGGGCAUUAACGGUGUGAUAUGUGUCCGAGGCAGUUUGACCCCGUGGGGCGGGUGACGCACGCAGGCGCGGCUUACCUUACCAUGCGUGCUGUCAGGGGUGCGGUGCGGUGCGGUGUGGUGCAGUGUGGUGUGGUGUGGUGCGGUGAGUCGUGUCCAGGUAUGUGACUGUGUGAGGGGGGGCCGUGACACGUCUCACACCGCCCUUUCGAGUUUCGUCAUCGCACCGCCCUUUCGACUGUCUGGCUCGCUGUCACCUUGCUUGUUUCAGGACUUUAGGGUGCACGGGACACGUGCCCGAUACGGUUGCCAGGUCGAGUGCCAGGGACCAGCAGUGGACAGUGCCGUGCCCGUGUGGGCCGCAGCACCUCGAGGUUUGGCAGCGUUGAAGAGGACUCACUCGCCUGUGAGUCGCACUCUCAAUCUACUACACCAGCUUAAGCAUAACGCGUGUGUGGGAUGUAACGGUGUCCUCCUUGCAGAGGCACACUCCCAGCGCAUUUGCGGGCGUUCCAAGGACCAGGGUGCUGAUGGCGAGCUGGCAGCCCGCCACAGGUAUUGGUCUAGAUGUCUGGGCGAGAUGGGACAUGGUAAGGUGCUGGGACGGGUUGGCGGAAUGCCGUAAUCCCGUAGCUU